CGGUGCAGUUGCAAUUGGUUGAAAAAAGACUCUAAAAUAGGCGCAGAGUAUUCCAAAGGUAUUCUCAGUCGUUCUUCUGGCUCGGGAGAGUCUGUAAUUAAAUAUGGCCUUGGAGUGAUCAAUUAAUGAUUGUCUUCUUGGAUAUAGAAUAGAAUGUUUAUUUAUCAAAAGAUAAUAAGUACAGAAAGUAACGUAGGUAAAUUAUGAGGUUAUGGUUUCAUUAAAUUUUCGUGAAGUGCAAAAGCUUCAUCACCAACGAUGACGUGCGGUACGAGAAAAUCUGUCCCUGGGAGUGUUUGAAGAAGUGGUAUAUUAAAUUCGUUAUUUUGAAUUUUUCUUCCAAAUUCACUUUUCAAAUAAAUACCAGCGUCUCCUUCUCGACCAUAAGAACCAAUAUCUACCGCUAUAAAUUUAGAAUCUGCAUCGACAAUUGCUAACAUAACAAUCGAAUAAAAUUCUUUAUAGUUGAAAAAAGCUGAUCCACUAUUUUUAGGUGACUUUAUUCUUACAUGUUUACCGUCUAUGGCACCCACACAGUUUGGAAAAUUCCAAGAUGACAUAAACGCAUUAGCAUUUUUUUUAAGAUGGUCCAUUGUUGGAGGUGGAAUUACUGCAUUAAGUAAUCUUGUCACUAUGCUAGCAGACACCUUUUUUAUUAUAAAACUUAUCCAUGAAUGGCAGAUUCUAAAUUGAAAUGCCAAUGAUCUGAAAGAUUCUCCCGUUGCGAUAUACCUAAAAAAUUAUUUUAGAUUAUUUUUUUAAUUGUUAAAUUUUGUAGAUAUCGAGUGCAGUAAAAGGUGGGGUUAUGUACGGGAUUACUACGUGAGACGCAAAGAAAAGCCAGGCGCAGGUGCCCCUGGAGAAGCAGCAAAGAAGAGAGCUGAACAACUGUCACUCUUAGACAGUUACUCCUCCCUAAAAAGAAGGUGAGUUUUCCACAAUUUAUCUUAAGUAGAUAUAAUUCUUUUUUAUUCUUAUUUUAGCACUAUUACCAAUAUGGGCAAUCCUGAACAAAAUAUUCAAGAAAUUGAAGACUUAGAAAAGGAUUUAAAUGAUGAUUUAGAAAACUCUACACAGGAAAAACUUGAUUCCCAAAGUGGGAAACCGCUUACGGAAAUUAACAAUACAGAUAAUGACAAUAACAUAAAUCGUGCAAGCUCAAAAACACCAAAAAGGUUAAAACAUGCAGAGACCUCUGAAGAACGAUUAAAAUUGCUUAAAAAAAUUGCUGAAAAACACAAUAACGAAGAACAAGAUGAAACGGACCUUUUCUUUGUAUCCAUGGCAAAAAUAGUAAAGAAACUACCGGAAAGGGAACAAGUUUAUUUAAGGUUACAAAUAGGGACCAUGGUAGGAAAUGCGCAGUUGAUAGGUCUUCAGCAACAGGACAGCACUGGCCGAUCAAUGUCUGCUUGUUCUAGUGCCAGCGGUAAUUAUAACCCUCAAAACGAAUCUUCUUCUUCGACUUUGUCAAGUACUCCUCAACCUGCGUUCUCAGACUACAGUACAAGUGCAGUACCCUUACUAUCUCCAAAUGACUCGGAACAUUUUUUACAAUUUUAUAAUAUGUAA